UUUCUGCAGGUAGGUCGCAUAGGAUGGUUAGAUGAUUCAAACGUUCAGAUACUUUACGUUUUCCCGACACCGCAAAGCGAGGAAUUGUUGACGAUCUUGAAAAAUUUAAUAGUCAGUGUACGUCCGGAUAUCGAUAUAUCGAAGAGAUUGUGGAUGCUAGAACCGGAACCAAAAUGUCUUUUGAAAAAUUGUGUUAGCGGUAGCGCCAAUUUAUUUUUUUCAUCGGACGUCUAUCGAAGAAUCCGAUACUUAACAGCUGGUAGACAUGCUUUCAUUUUACCCGGAGUGAUAGAUCAAAAAAAUAUCUUCAUUGCUUGCGAAUUACAAAUACCGAUAAUGGGUCUGCCAUUGCAGUUUCAAAAACGUUUAUUGAAAAAGUCUUACAUAAUGCAGCUAUUGGAUAUUAAUAAAGUCCAGCAUCCUCCUUUCAUACACAUUCAUAGCUUCGGCCAGUUGUGCAGAGGUAUGGCUGUAAUGGUUAUCGAAUAUCCAAUGUACAAGACAUGGUUCGUAAAGAUAGAUAACGGUUUUAAUGGAUAUCAAACUGCGAUUAUUUGUUUCAAAAAAGGUAUACUUGGAAGCGCGAUCAAGAAUAUAGAACGAACGUGCACUAUAAAUGAGGAUUAUUUAUGCAAAUUGUUGGCUGAAACUUUGCCGCUUCAACUGCAAGUUCAAAAGACGAUUUAUAAAAAUAAAAAAGAAUUUUUCCAUGAUUUAGAGAUGUUUGGUGGUAUUAUACAAGCUUGUCCAAACAAUGACUAUGAUGUUUUAAGUGUCGGUGUGUUUAUCGAACACGAUUUGGCUAAGCCUAUUGUUAUUACCGCAGCGGAAGUAAUUCAUUUUGGUAGAAAUAUUAGAAACGACAUGGCAUACUUUUUACCACAAAAUAAAAUUGUUCCAACCGAGCUCGAUCAGCUGGUAGAAACAGUUGGGAUAAUUUUGCGAAACGAACACGUUGUGGGAUACUUUGGCAUCGAUGUUGUUACUUUUCAUGAUGAAUUCGAUGAUAAACAUUCUUGGGUGGUGGACAUUGAUCCAUAUUAUACUGAUUUAAUAGCAUUUAGUGACUGGGUAAAAUUCUGUAUUGGCCCACGAAAGGAUGAAAAUAAGAGUUAUUUUCCAAAAAAUGUUACAAGCGAAUCAAAAGUUGAAAACAUAACCGAAUUAUUGACUCAAACUAAUAGAUACGCUAUUUGCUGUGGUAAACUUUUUGGCACUGGUUUGUCAAAAUACUGUGGAAGUACUCUAAUAAAUCUUUGCAAGCAAAAUCAAAUAUAUUAUGACAAUAAGGAAAAAAUAGGAUGUAUGAUAUAUCCAACAGACAGUCAUAAUCGUGCGAUCAGUAUUGUUUCAAUAAAUUCAACCAGAUUGAUGACAAUGAAAAAAUUUAUUGAAGCCUUGAGAGUAAUAAAUCAAUUAUCACUGAGAAUCAAUGUUACCGAAACAUUCGCGGAUACCAUAGAUUUUUGUCGUAAUUUAAAAUCAAUGCAACAAAAUCAAAAUUAAAAUAUAACCAAUGUCAUAUGUAAAAAUAUUUUAUUCUGAAGUGUAUAAAAUAAUUAUGAUGUAUUUCUUUUUGUGAUUAAUUUCUAUAGUUUGGACUAAUAAAGUAUUCGUUUAGACAAUU